GGAGAGGGAAGUCUGGGCAUCCCUGCUUAGACUGUUGCCCCCGCGACCCGGCCCCGGAUAAGCGGAAGAAAAAGAAGAAGAAGAAGAAGAAGAAGAAGGGUUUGUAUGAAAUUUGGCAUGUUUUGUCUAGAGCAACUUCUGGCAACAAGAAGUAGGCGGAAAUUUUCAUGAUUUCAUCAUUUCCAUGAGCUGCCUGCUGUGAGCAGUAUAUGCAAUAUCUUGUUAUAUUUAACCUGAUUGAGUAAAUAAGGAUGUCUUUCAAGCCGCACAGAUCCUUGCAGACGUAUUUCUGUUUAAAUGAUGCAUAUGACUAAUCCAUUGUUGCUUGGAAUAAAUUAUAAUUUUAGAACUUUCAGGCCUAUCUCUGUUAUUCAAGUAUAUAAAUAGCACUGGUGUUGGUUGGUUGGUACUUCAUGUUCAGUGAUGUUUAGUGUGAGUGACUGUAUGUCUCACUAUAACUUCUGCCAUCCUCUCUCUGCUCUGAUGUGGACACGUAAAUGCAUUGAAUAACUGGCUAAAAAUAUGUUUUAUAGCUAAACGUCUUGAUUGAUCUUAUAUGUAGAUAUUGCACAUACAUGUAUACGUGCCACAAGAAACACCCUCACAGCCACUGUUGUAUUUUUUUUACUAUUACUUAUGUCACUGCAAUUAAUCACUAGAAGCUAAAAGAAGGGGAAAUGACGUGGUAAUGACAUCAUUCUGGUUAUAAACCUUCCUUAUUUUUCUUCAUGUCUCAUUUGGUGUCAACUGAUGAGCUGUCCUCUGCUACGAUAUCAGUCAGAAUGGCUCUUCUUUUCUUCAUUUUUUCUGUCAUGAUUUACGGGGUUUCUAGUGAUAGUGAUUUUGAAGUGGAGUACUCUUCUUCACACAUUUGUGCACUAAUGAACUCAUCAGUGACAAUAAAAUGCACUUAUCAAAAGCCUGAUAGACAUCUGAUUUGGAAAACAUUCUGGACCAAAGGACCUAUAAUAAAGAAUGCAGAGCCUCCAGAUCUGUCUGAAGACCCUGAAUACAGUCAGAGAUUUAAGUAUCUGGGAGAUAAAAAGAAGAACUGCACCAUGAGACUGAGUCAUGUGACACAGAAAGAUUCACACAAGUACUAUUUCAGAUUCAUCACUGAUAAACCUGGUGGAAAAUGGAUUGGUCGUUCAGGAGUGACUCUUACUGUGACAGAUCUUCAGGUGGAGUCUCCUGAGAGAGUGACAGAGGGAGAUUCAGUCCGUCUGACAUGUAAAAGCAGCUGCGCUCUGACUGACAGAGCAACAUUCAUCUGGUACAGAAACUCACAGCCAUUAACUGAGAGAAGAGACAGAAACAGACUCCUGCUGCAGUCAGUCAGAAGAGAGGAUGCAGGCAGAUAUAGCUGUGCUGUACAAGAACGCAAUCACUAUCUCAGAUCACCUGAUGUUCAGCUUAAUGUCACAUACCCACCAAGGAUCGUCUCAGUGUCCAUCAGUCCAUCUGAAAUAGUGGAGGGAGAUUCAGUGACUCUGAUCUGCAGCAGUGAUUCAAACCCACCUGCAGAAAUCAGCUGGAUUAAAGGAGGAACAACUGUAGGAUCUGGAAGAAUCUACAACAUCUCAAAGAUCAGAUCUGAUCACAGUGGAGAAUACAAGUGCAGGUCCAGAAAUGAACAUGGAGAGAAAUACUCUGAAGCUGUGACUUUAAACGUCAUGUACCCUCCCAGGAACGUCUCAGUGUUCAUGAAUGGAUCUGGUGAAGUAGUGGAGGAAGAUUCAGUGACUCUGAUCUGCAGCAGUGAUUCAAACCCACCUGCUCUGAACUUCUUCUGGUUUAAGGAGAAUCAAAGCUCAUCUGUUGGAUCUGGACAGAGUUUCAGUGCACUACAGAGUGGACGCUUCUACUGUGAGGCUCACAAUCAACACGGAUCUCAGAGAUCAGACGCUGUUUCUGUCACUGUUAAAGAAAGAGGUAAAGCAGUCCUGUACGCAGCUGUAGCGUUCGCAACCGGAUGUGGAGUUUUACUCCUUAUCUUCAUCCUAGUGCUCGCAAGGAAGGCAAAGGGCUCUUCUUCAGACGUCAGACAGAAGCAGGUUCAACAAGCUUCCAGCUCUGAAGAUGACGGGCUGUAUGACAGAGUUACUCCCAACACACCCCGAGCAGAUCCCGCUGCGGGACAGGCUACAAAUAUAACGUACUCAACCGUCCAACAUGUCGCAAAAAUUAAAACCAUCUACGAGAAUAUUAGAGUGCACCAUACUGACUCUGCUGCGAGAUCCGAUACGAUGGAGGGUACCUCAGUGGUUUACAGCAGAGCCAAGUGAUCCAGGACCCUUCGCGGGGAUUGAAAAUGACGCUGGGCUCCAGCUGAGUGUAAAUAUAUAGUAGCUGCAGCUUUGAAUCAGAUGUUUCUAUGUGUGUCGAGACGUUUCUCCCUGUCAGUCGUUGAACAGGAAGCACUGAUCAGACGCAUUGGUACAGCGUGGUGGUUAUUUACAUCAUUGCUUUGAGACUGUGGUUUGUGAUUUGAGAAGUUAUCAUCCACCGCUAGCCGUAUGCAUACGCCUGUGGACACAUUUUCUGUUUUGUAACGUUUCCGAAGUUUUGCGUAAUUUUCCAUAAAUAGAAGUUUGUUUUAGCCUACACGUCUUAUUCACUCUUUUUUUUUCAUGAUUCAUAAAACAAUGUUUGAUGUUUUGACAUCGAAUAAAUUCAUGCAUGUUUAAAGUACUGGUCUAUUUUAUGUUUUAAAUAAAGUUUAUAUUUGUACGUUUUUGGCGAUGUUCUAUUAA